AUUCCUACAGUGCUGCAAUUCACGGUAGCCAAAGCAAAAAGCGCGUUUUUGAAGUGCUAGCGACUUCAGUGUGUAUUGGAGAAAAUUGCUGGAGGAGAACUGCAGGGUAGGGACCACGUUCGUCGUCGGCUUCGUCUCCCUCUUUGUUUAUAGGUGUGGAAAUGUAGAUUGGAUAUGUCUGUACCUCUGUAAGAAUGGUGGUUUCGAAGCAAUCGGAUGCGACGGCGUCGCAGCCGCUGCUUUCGGAGUCCCAAUCCGCUCAAUACGCCGUUGUUUUAACUCCCUACCCUGCUCCCCACCGCCAUAUUCUCCUACGUAAGUCGUGUCAGCGCUGCUUGUUCUGCUUCGCAUUCUUCCUGGUAUUUCUCGUUGCCGCGGGCUACGUUCUCUGGCCGUACAGCUCUGAGGUCUCUAUCGUCCGCCUUAGCCUCGAUCGCCUCCGUUUUCAGACUGACUCUGGAGUUUUGAUCGACUUAACUAUGGGAAUUCGGGUUAAGGUUUCGAAUCCGUCUGUUUAUUCCUUGGAUUACGAUUAUUUGACUGUCGCGAUUGGGUACUGCGGGAACAGGCUUGGAUUUGUUACCUCCGGUGGUGGACUUAUCAAAGCGCGUGAAUCUUCGUACGUGGACUCCACGCUCCGGCUCGAUGCUGUGGAGGUUUUGAAUGAUGCGGUUUUGUUGAUUCAGGACUUGGAGAAUGGAGCGGUUAUGCUCGAUGCAGCGUCGGAGAUCUGCGGCAAACUCGGAAUUUUCUCCUUGCAGUUGCCGGUGAAGACUGAAUGUAAAUGCAAAGUGACUGUGAAUGCAUGGAACCAAACAAUUGCCCGGCAGAGUUGCUACCCGGAAGUUACAGAAAUCUGAAUUGCAUUUCGAAUCCCGGUUGCUCUCAGCAGCGGGGUAAUCGAAUAGGAAGACAUCAAUAUAAUUCUCCAUACUCACAGUAUAUUCUUGUUUGUUUUUGCGAUUAUUUGCAAUGUUCGGUAGGUAUAUAUCAAUAUUGGUUCGCAACAAAUUGCAUGAUGCCUUUUGUUUGUGAUUUUUUGGUGCAAAUAUUAUGUGGUGUUCAUAUUUUGUACAAGAACAUCAACCAACAUAAGUUUGAUGCAACUGAACAUAUCUCUCCAUUAUAUUUAUACAGAUGAAAUUUACUGUA